AUUAGAGCUUGGCAACAAUGUGAAAUGGUGCCCAAUCGUAAGACAUGUAAACUAGCUUACAUGUAUUUCAAUCCUAAAACACAUAAGGAUGGUACACCAUUACGACCAAUCAUGCAUACUAUUGAUUCACCAACGACGAAUAUCUCACGACUUUUAGAUCGAUUCAUUCGACCAAUAUUUAACGACAACGCUAAACUAACUACUAUUAUUGAUGGUGCUCACCUCAUUAAACGACUUCAAGAAUAUGCUAAUGCUGGACAUUUAAAACCAACUACUUUAUUUUGUACUUUUGAUAUUAAUAAUUUAUAUACAAUGCUACCACAACAACAAUCACUUGAUAUUCUUCAAGAAUUUCUUCAAACUUAUGAAAAAUCACACGUCAGAGGAAUCGAUAUUGCAACUAUUCGUGAAUUAGCUCGUGUUGUUAUAGAAGAAAAUGUUUUUGUCUAUCAUAACAAAUACUAUCAACAGAUUAUUGGUGGAGCAAUGGGAUCACCAUUUACAUUAACUUUAGCAAAUAUAUUCAUGUGGAAAUGGGAAAAAGAAUCAAUUUGCAAAGAAUUACCUUCCCCCGAAAUUUAUGGCCGGUAUAUUGAUGAUAUUUUUUUUACAUGGAAUGAUACUCAAGAAAAUCUCGAACAACUACUGAAAAAACUCAAUAAUCAUCAUCCUAAUAUUAAAUUAGAAUAUAAAAUAGGUCAAAGUCUUCCAUUUCUUGAUGUUCUACUUACGAAUAAUAAUGGUGCUCUUUCGACAUCUGUCUAUCGUAAACCAGCUUCUGAACCUUAUGUGGUACCAUUUACUUCUGAUCAUCCUCACCAUAUAUUUCGAAAUAUUAUUCGAACUGCACUUUUACGUGCUAUAAGAUACUCUUCUACAUUCGAAGCAUUCAAUGUUGAACGACGCAAUAUACGAUUAAUGUUAUUAUAUAAUGGGUAA